GGGCGCUGUUGCGCGUUAUAAUGGCAUCAUGUCUCAGAACGUCCAGUAGUCAACUCAACACCUGUAACAGAAAAAUCCAAACGUAACGACGCCGACUCUCCUUUCACAUGGAUUAUUUUUGACAAUGCACCGGUAACUCAAAAUAAUACAUGUGUGGGUUACAGAUGUAGCUGGGGUCUGGCAGCAGUGACCAUGGCGCUGUGCUGGGGUGGUUUGUUGGUGUUGGCGGCCCUCUCGCGGGCCCUGGGCUCUCUGCAGCACUCAGAGGAGCCUUCUGUGCCAGACGAAUGGGUCCUUCUCCAUGUCGUGCAAGGCCACAUAGGGGCGGGAAACUACAGCUACCUGCGUCUCAACCACGAAGGACGCAUUAUCCUCCAAAUGCAAAGCCUUAAAGGAGAUGCGGAUCUCUACGUCUCUGACAAGACGCUGCGGCCAAACUUUGAUUCCUACAAGCUUCAGUCUACCACCUGUGGCCAGGAUGUGGUGGUCGUCCCGGGGGAUUUUGUAAGGCCUGUUGGAAUCGGGAUCUACGGACAUCCCUCCUACAUGGAGAGCGAGUUUGAGAUGAAGGUGUUUUACGACCAGACAGCACUGACUGAAGAUGAAAUGGAGAAAAACUCUUAUCCUUCAAAUGACACUCCUGGUCAGUCUCAACACUCUCAGGGCCCUGAGGAUGUGAUGGAAGAAGAGGAAUCCAUCCUGUGGACUAUUCUGAUUGGGAUUCUUAAGAUCAUACUUGAAAUUUUGUUUUGAUUUUGAUGUGCCAGGUGCCAUAAUACCACAUUUGCCACAAUGAACUGUUCGUCCCGUUUAGAUCAUAUAAACAGAAUUUCGUUUUGACAAAGGACUAGAAAAGUUUGCCUGAAGUUUUGUUUAAAUAUAGCGAGGCGCCACCGCCACUCUAUAAGGACAUUGUUUUCUUAAUAUGUCAUCUAAUUUGUCUAACAACUUUAUAAUUUGCAUAUCAACACAACUGAUUGCACUUGACAUGUUAAACACAAGGUUCUCUCUUUUGACCUGAUUGGUUCUCUCCUGACAUUUUAUUGAUUUAGUUAAAAAAAAAAAAUUCUGUUGUGUGGCGUGUUUAUUUGUCUUUUAUUGACAUCGGGAUGUAAAUUCUAGGUUUUAAACUGCACUAUGCAAUCACACAAAUCACCUUGUGAUGAAGGUUGUACAGCUGUGCCUAUUGUGAAGAAGAGUCUGUUGGCUAAUUAACAGCAAAGAAUCUUCUGCACCUGUAGUUGUAAGAUACAAAUAAAAUAAUCACUUAUUUUUGAAA